UUUUUUGCUGUUUUUUUGUAUUUGCUAUGUCUGGACGUGGCAAGCAAGGCGGUAAGGCGCGAGCAAAGGCCAAGUCUCGUUCUUCGCGGGCGGGGCUCCAGUUCCCCGUUGGGCGAGUCCAUCGUCUACUACGCAAAGGCAAUUACGCCGAGCGGGUAGGCGCUGGGGCCCCGGUGUACCUGGCGGCGGUGCUGGAGUAUCUGACGGCCGAGAUUUUGGAGCUGGCGGGUAACGCGGCGCGCGACAACAAGAAGACUCGUAUCAUCCCGCGUCACUUGCAGCUGGCCAUCCGCAACGACGAAGAGCUCAACAAGCUGCUGGGCCGUGUGACCAUCGCUCAGGGUGGUGUUCUGCCCAACAUCCAGGCGGUGCUGCUGCCCAAGAAAACCGAGAGCCACCACAAGGCCAAGGGCAAGUAAUUGGACUGAGACUUGAGUUUCCGGAAGUGCUUUUAAACCCAAAGGCUCUUUUCAGAGCCCCCACUCUUUCAAAAGAAGAGCUAGUAUCACUGUAUUUGUAAAACAACAAAAGGUUUCAAAAGCUUCUCAUUACAAAGAGAUGCCUGGAUCCAGAGUGUCUGUCAAACUCAUCAAUGCUCAGAAAUAAAUGGAUUGGUGUCAGUGUUCUGAUAUCACUGAUUGAUCCUGCAUGUGC